AUGUCUGACAGUGUGCAUGGCCUCAAAAUUGAACCUGAACGACCAACAGGCACAACCCUGCCAAACAUCCGUCAAUUCCCUCUGGGUUGGGCCUUGGGAAUUUAUGUUGAAGUCGGCAUUGCUCGACAGUGUUUCUUGCCAGAGUAUACAGAGAAAGGACAUCAUCACACGAGGUGGUAUCUGCCAGGCACAACAGCUCUGAUCAAUGACAACCUCUCGAUGCACCACAGCUUCCAGAAGCCUGCUGCAAUCCGUAUCUCCGUGCACUCUCUGCACAGCUCUGUACCUCGUGCCCCCUGGCCCCCCGACGCAUUGAACGGUCCUGGCACCUACCCGCUGUGCGUAGAUAGAUGCAUUAUCUCUGACAAUCAUGUCCGGAUGACACCCACGAGUCCAACGCGAGCUCAGGACACCCAGCCAAGCAAGACCACAGAGCACACAGCAGGAUAUCGAACAGACAUGGUAGCCGAGAUCAAUCUUACUCUCAACCCAGCUCCUGUUUCCCUCGGGGAAUGGUCGGUCUACGAUCAGAUGCACGCCUGCACAAGCUCAAUGCAGGCCGAACCCGAAACUACAUCUCUCCCCAGCAUCGCGGAUGCCUGA